UCCAUACACCUUCCUGCCUGCUCAUCACAGAUACAAACCUGAAGCCUUCUCUUUUUCCUUCUUGAUCCAAGGGGCUGCUGUGACAAUCCAGGCUGUGCUGAUGCCAAACCCAAGACAGGAUGUUUGAAUGGUAGGAACUGAACCAAGUAACAAGAUGAGCGUCACCUCGUGGUUCCUGGUGAGCAGCUCGGGCACUCGCCAUCGACUGCCCCGGGAGAUGAUCUUCGUUGGCCGUGAUGACUGCGAGCUUAUGCUCCAGUCCCGCAGUGUGGAUAAGCAGCAUGCCGUCAUCAACUACGACAGUGAGAAAGAUGAGCACCGCGUGAAAGAUCUCGGGAGCUUAAAUGGAACUUUUGUGAAUGAUGUGAGGAUCCCCGAUCAGAAAUACAUCACCCUUAAACUGAACGACGUUAUACGGUUUGGCUACGAUAUUAAUAUGUAUGUGUUGGAGCAUAUUCAGCAUAAGGUUCCAGAGGAAGCAUUAAAGCAUGAGAAAUACACCAGCCAACUCCAGAUGAAUUUGAAGACUGUGAGGAUAGAGCAUCUUAAAGAACAGCCUUCUCACAUAGACCCGUCGCCAGGGAAACAGGAAAAGGUGGAGAAGAAACCCCCUGGUGAAGCUUCAAUAUAUCGCACACCGCUCUACGGUCAGCCAUCUUGGUGGGGAGAAGAUGAUGCAAAUAACAUGCUUGAGAAACACGAGGGAAGGAGGCCAGAAGACCAUUUUUCAGAACGACCAAAGGAAAUGCCUCCACAUGAAGAAGAAAUGAACUGUAAUAUGGGGUACAGAGACGCCUCUGACCAAUCGCUAUAUUCAUUUAGGAGAGAGCCAAGCUAUUUUGAAAUUCCCACAAAGGACUUCCAGCAACCAGCCAAAACGCCAGAAACCCAAGUCCAUGAAAUCCCGACCAAGGACACAGAUACUGUGACCCCACCAGCCGUGCAGAGCCAUGCCUCUUUUACUAUUGAGUUUGAUGAUUGCCGGCCAGGAAAAAUAAAGAUUAAAGACCAUGUUACAAAGUUCUCCAUGAGACAGAAGAGGGCAGCUGGGAAGGAAGUUGGUCCAGCAGAAAUGGUGUCCGUAGAAAGUAAAGUGGCUGAUUGGUUGGUUCAAAAUGACCCAAGCUUAAUUAGAAGACCAUCACCUGCAGAAGACGUAUACAGCACUAAGAGUGAUCUUCCCAUCCACAGCAGAACUCUCAAAGGUAACCGACAUGAAGAUGGAACACAAAGCGAUUCAGAAGAUCAGCCUGUAGUUCCUGUAGUCCCUGAAAAAGAGUCUAUAACCACCCCAGCUGAUCAGGGAAAACUUCAGCGUCAGAUAAAACGGGAACCGGAAGAGUUGUUACACAACCAGCAGGCAUUUGUCAUAGAAUUUUUUGAUGAUGAUGCCCCACGAAAAAAGAGGUCUCAGUCCUUCACACACAGUGCAAAUGGUUCCCAAACUGAUGCCGACUCCAAGGGGAAAACUGAUAAACGGAAAGCGACUUUACCACCAGAGAAGCCAAACAUAAAUGGUACGUCACCACCGCCAUCCAUUACAAAACCCCUGACAAACUCCUCUACGUUUCCUCAAAGAUCUAACUCCUUCAGAAGAGAAAAGACUGACGACCGAAUAAAUACCUCAACCCCGAUUACCGCUAAACCUCCUUUGAAGAACUUUGGAAGCAUCGGCAAGAAAUCUAAGCUGGCUCAAGAAUAUGCCAAUGAGCUCCUGCGUGAAGAAGCAGCAGAGACGGCCAAAAAGCCUGAACCACCUAUGAGCCUGCCUUUGUUAUCUGUUAUCAUGCUACAAACCACCAACCCAAUUGAAUCUACCACUGUCAUACCUUCUGUACCUCCAGCACCUGAUAUUAGGCCAGUGAGAGUCAAGAAGGCUGAAGAGGAGGACAGCUUAAGUGAUGCUGGAACAUAUACAAUUGAUACAGAGAAUCAAGAUAAAGAAGUUGAAGAGGCAAGGAGAAGAAUCGAUGAGGUGUUUGGAAUCUUUGAUCCAGAGGAGUAUUCCAUGAUCUCCUCAGCAGUGUACAGACCGAUCAUUAAAUUGGAAAAAGAGGAAUCCUCUAUAAUGGACAGAAAUGUGAAUCAUAAGGCUAUGAAGCUGUCAAUAAGUCAGACUUCAAACGCAUUUACUGGUUCCCAGGCUGAUGGGCAGGUGAGUACCACAAAAUCAUCUGGCUCCAAUGCCAAAAGCGGACAAAAGUGGGUUUCACGGUGGGCAAGUCUUGCCGACAGCUACCCUGAUGCCUCUCCAACUUCUCCUUUAGAAGGCCAAAAGCUGGAAUUAACUGUGGAUAAUGGUCAUAAUACUGACAUUGCGGAAAUACUUGGUGAUGGAGACACCUCCUUCCCCUCAAGGACAAGGAGACUUCUUCCUCAGCUUCCUCCCAAUGACAAAUCCGAAAGUCCCACACCGAUUAUUUUGGUGCGGACAGAGUCCAAUUUGGAAGUUCCCAAAAAGAUAGCGGUAGAGGAUGGUGAGAAAACUGCUCCAGCAGAGCAAAACCGUUUAUUGAACAUACAGGAAGACUUGGAUCCAGAUAGCCUAAGUGAUGCUAGCAAAUCUGAUGAUGGGGUUUUAUCUAGUAGGAAGUCUAAUCCAUCACCUAACACAUCUAGAAGUGUUUGGAGGAGAAAUGAUUUUAGUAGUCAUGACCAAAGUAAAGCACCUACUGAAUUAAAAUCUACUUCCUUUUAUGUAGGUAGCGACAACGAAAUGGGAAGUUUACCACAUGCAAAUGCUACAUUACCUGUCGUAGACAUGCACAAAGAAUAUAAAGGUCAUGAUGUCCAGAUGAAACUAAAGAGUAACCAGCAGCUUCCACCAGAACCCUCAAAUGCUGGGAGAAUGGCUAACCAACUGUUGAAGAAAGAUAAUGGAUCCUCGGGAGAAUCUGUUUCAUUUGUACGACAGGAAAGCUUUACCAAAGAAAAAUCCAGCAGUAAUAUUUCCCCCAAUAAGCUUCCACAGAUCUCAACCCAUCCCUUGCUUAAAGAUCUCAAUGUUACAAAGCCCACCACAGACUACAGCCAAGAGACGCGGCAAAUUCUCAAGGAGACAGAGACUGCUUUGGCGGCUCUAGAAGCCAAGCUUUUUUCCCAAAAUCAUAUCGAGGGCAUUGACAGUGUUCAGUGCCCACCAGAUGAUUCCCUAUCUGGAGAUUCUGAUGUGGAUACGGCAAGCACCGUCAGUCUGGUUAGUGAUAAGAAUGUGCCAAGUCAUCCUCAAGAAAAUAGAGUUGUAGGCCCUCAUAAGGAAAAGUCUUCUUCUGUACAGGAUCAUUACAGUCAAUCCACUGCUAGAGAGAGACUCUCUGAAAAACGGAGGACUGGAGCUACUAAUGUAGGAACCAGGAGAGAUGCAACCAAGCGAUUUGAAAUGAAGCGCAGCACUGGACCUCGGGGUUCACUUGAUUUUACAGAUGAAGAACGAAGCUCCAGUCUUCCCUAUAUGCCAGCUGAUACUGUAUCCUCAGACUAUGAACAUUCUUCAUCGAGGAAUCUCUCACGAAGGCGACCUUAUGCUCAGUCAACCAAGGAAGAUGCAAAUCGAAUUUCAUUAAGUACACAAAAGAUUCAGCAGGCACUCACCAGGUCAAACAGCCUAUCAACUCCUAGACCUACACGGGCUUCUAAGUUACGGCGGGCCCGACUAGGUGAAGCUUCUGACAAUGAAAGCGCAGAUGCUGAAAGGUUGAACAGUCCAGAAGUAUCUUCUGCAAACUCUUCCUCAGCCAAAAGUUCUUCUGAAUCCAAAAAACUUUCCAGGCUUGAUAUCCUGGCAAUGCCAAGGAAGCGGACUGGCUCCUUUAAUGUUCCAAGCGACUCUGAAGUUUCUUCUCCAAGGACGGGCUUUUCAGGACGUAGUGUCGAACACAAUUAUACAAAUCGUAAACCAGCUAUGGCAGAGGUGAAUCAACCCGUCAAGAAACCUUUAGCACCUGUGCCCAAACAACCUUUAACAAGAGCACGAUCGGGUAGUGUCAAGUAUUCUUCAACGUCCGCAUCGAGACGGAGGCAGCAGGGUUCAGAUUAUUUGUCUACAUCUGAGGAGGAGUAUGGCUCUAAUCACAGCACCCCUAAACACAAACGAUCCCAUACUUCAACAGCCACUCAGACCUCCAAGGCCGCCACCAGCGUUUCUCACGGUCCGAGGCACAAGCGGCAUCAGGAUGAUGAUGACGAUGACCAGGAGGUGUACAAUAACUACAUGACACAGUCUGCAGAAAUUGCAGAAAUAGCCAGGUUAAGUCAAACCCUGGUAAAAGAUGUAGCCAGCUUGGCUAAAGAGAUACAUGAAGUAGCUGGAGAUGGGGAUUCUCAGAGCUCCUCCGGGACAGGACACAGUACAUCUUUAAGCUCUGUGCCAAAUACACCGGCCUCCAUCAUAUCUGCGAGGGAAGAGAUACUUAAAAGAUCAUCACAAAGAGCAUACCCAUCCCAGUUGGUGCAUCACAUCCCUGAGGCAGGUCUGAAUUAUCAGAAAAUCCCACCAGGCUCCACAGGACAAGAAUUUGAUCAGAACAUGAAUGACAAUCGAGAGGAAGAUCCUUUAAAAAGGAGGGCAAGAAACAGAGAGGAGGUGAUAUUUGACAACCUCAUGUUGAAUCCUGUAUCGCAGCUGUCACAUACAAUAUGCGCAAACACAGAGAUACUUACAGAAAAAAUGAAAAUUGUAUUUAAGAACAAAGAGAAAAGCUGGGAAGAUAUUGAGGCGAAAAUUCAUGCUGAAAAUGAAGUGCCAAUCCUUAAAACAUCUAACAGAGAAAUCAGCUCUAUUUUGAAAGAGUUGAGAAGAGUCCAAAAGCAACUGGAAGUCAUAAAUGCAAUCAUUGACCCAGCGGGACAUCUAGAGGUUAUGACCAGCAACAAAAAAGCCUCGCCAGCCCUUCAGUCUACAACGCCUCAAAUCAGGACUAACACUUCUCUUGUAAGAACAGAGUCCAACCAACCCGUCCAUGUCAGAAACUACAUACAGAAGUCCAGCUCUGGAUCUUCACGAUCUCCAGAAUCCAGCUUCGGUAGAGAUGAGGAUGGGGCUUACAUUGUCUGAUUUAUGUUUUUUUCUAUUUAUUUUUUUAUUUUGUGUUGUUUGUAUGAAUGGCCUAUGUUUUCCGUGUGGCUUUCGGUAUAAUAAUUUGAGUGCUCGUUCUCUUGAAUGAAGGCUAGUCCUCACCAAUGCACAAAGUCUGUGUCAUGCAAAUGAUUGUUUACUUUUUAUUUCCAAAUCGUGUACUGUCUACCAGCUCCUGUACCAUAUUGAGGCAAUUUUACUUGAACAUUAUUAUUUUCCAGUGUAGACUGUUGUCCUUGCUCAUUAAAAUGUGCCAUACCUUUAAGACCUAAAUGCUGAAAAUGUUUCAUGCUAAUAGGUCUGCUAUAUUUCCCGUAUGCCGAUUGCACUUAUUUGUAGUUCUUGAAACACUAGGGUAGUUGAAGCAAGUACAAAGUAAAUCUUAUGAUCUGUCUCUUGCCAAAAAUUGUCUGAAACAAGUAUGUCGGCAUUCGUUUUAUCUGUUUUAAUUAGUUGUAUUUGAC